AUGCCAAUAACAAAAAUUUUACCUAGAGUAAAGGUAUUAUUACCGGCUCUAUCACCUUGUUAUAGAAAAGGUGACUGUGGUAAAAUUGCUGUUAUUGGUGGAUCUGAAGAAUAUACAGGUGCUCCAUAUUUUUCAGCUAUAACAUUAUUAAAAAUUGGUUGUGAUUUAUCUUAUGUCAUAUGUCCAAAAGAAGCAGCACCAAUUAUUAAAAGUUACUCACCAGAGUUAAUUGUUUAUCCAGCAUUAAAUGAAACAAAUUUUUCAAAAGUAUGUAAUAGGAUCAAUUCUAUUGUUAUUGGUCCUGGUUUGGGAAGAGAAGUAAUUAAUGAGUCAUUUAUUGCAUAUGUUAUUUCAUCUACAAAAGAAAAAGAUAAUAUAACAUCAGUUAUAAUAGAUGCAGAUGGUUUACAUUUUUGUACAAAAUAUCCAGAUAUAAUUAAAAAUCAUUCUAAAGUUAUUUUAACACCAAAUGCUUUUGAAUUUGAAAAAUUAUAUAAUACUAUUUUUCCAGAAAAUCAACUUGUUGAUGAAAGUGAUUUAAAAAAUGCUGUAAAAAAACUUGCUAAAGAGUUAGGAGUUAUUGUAAUGCGUAAAGGUGUUAUUGAUAUUAUUAGUGAUGGUAAUUUACUUCAAACAGGUGAAAUGGGUGGUUCACCAAGAAGAUGUGGAGGACAAGGAGAUAUUUUAAGUGGUGCUGUUGCAGCAUUUACAUAUUUUUUAAAAAAAAGUCAAUCAACAUAUGAUAAUAUUGGUUAUGUCAAUGACAAUAGAACUCUUAUUGAUGGAGUUUGUGCAGCUAGUGAUCUUAUUAGAUAUACAGCACAAAAAACUUUUAAUGACAAAGGAAGAAGUAUGACAGCAACUGAUAUGAUUGAUAAAAUAUGUGAAAUUAUAAAUGAACUUGAUAGAAAUUAUUGA